UAACCAGCGCGAGCUCGCCCGCCAGAAGAACAUGAAAAAGCAGAGCAACUCGGUUAAGGGAAAGCUCCGAGAUGACGGGCUUUCUGCUGCCGCCCGCAAGCAGAGGGACUCGGAGAUCAUGCAGCAGAAGCAGAAAAAGGCAAACGAGAAGAAGGAGGAACCCAAGUAGCUUUGUGGCUUCGUGUCCAACCCUCUUGCCCUUCGCCUGUGUGCCUGGAGCCAGUCCCACCACGCUCGGGGUUUCUCCUGUAGUGCUCACGGGUCCCAGCACCGAUGGCACUCCCUCUGUCCUGAGUCUGC